AUGAACCGGAUUCUUCUUGCUGCAAUUCUCUUGGUAAGAACUAUAUUUCAUAUAUUUCUCGAUUCUCAUGGAAUUCAGGUGACGGCCGUGUUGGGCUACAAUGACAGGUCAUGCGGCUUCAACGAACAAUAUUCGCCGUGCACUCAACUUUGCCCGCCAACUUGUGAAAACCCGAACCCUACUUGCAGGUAAGGUGACUCCAAAAGUGCGCUCCCCCACGUCGGAAACUUCGAGAAUUAUUGUGUCAGUGAAAUUUAAAAAAAUAAUGUGUUCAGAGUGGAUUGCAACCGUCCAUCUUGCAACUGCAUCCCUGGCCACGUCUACUCGAACGGAAGAUGCAUUCCGGCCAACUCGUGCUUCCAAUCCGGCCGCUGCAGGACCAGCCUGGACUGUCGCUACGGGACCACGUGCAUCAAUGGCGUUUGCGGAGCUUCUGGAUCGUACUCCCGUACCAUCGUCACGUCUUCUCAGCACCAACAUUCUCACAGCAUUCACAAUGGAUGUACUUUGGAUAUUCACUGCGGAUCCGGAAAGAUUUGCAUCAAUGCUGUUUGUGUGAGAGCUCCUAACCGUUCCAAUUGGUGA